AUUUCCCUUACCAACACUUCAUACGUGUCGCCAUACCGGCUCUAAGGUCGGUCGGUCCCUCCUCCGUGCAUCUGCACUCCGGCCUCAUGCCACCACCCGUCACCCAUGCCUCUCCGACGCAACAUUCCCACCUCCGCCCUGCUGUCUCCUGGCGACUAUGACGAAGAUGCCGAGUCGCUACGUUCCCCGUCAGAGCAGGACUCUGACUCGGAGGACGACGAGUUUCUUCGGAGAUCACGCACUACAUUAGAGCUUGCCGAGCACGAUCGCACAGUACUGGAAGAGGAAGAAGAAACAGAGAAACUGCUCACCCGUACCGGUCCAACUCAUGGCCUUCGCCGCAUCUUCAGCCCCAGCAGUAGUAGUGUUCGAAUCGGAAAGCAGGAACGCAGGAGACAACGCCAACAGGCCCGAAGAGAGGCCCGCAGAGAGCGCCGCAAGAAGGCGCGUGGAUCCGGAGAGAUAAUGUUCGAGAUGGAAGAGGGUCAUCGGGACGAUGAGCAAUCUCUCCUGAGCGCUUCUUCGUCCGACUUCGACACACGGGUCAAGGAAUAUGCUUUUAUGCAGCCACGGCGCGUUCCAUGGCGCAGACUCGCCCUCGUAUUCUCCGCUAUCUUUAUCCUUCUCCUCAUCUUCUUACUGGGCGCAUAUAAAGCAUCUAUAAAGUAUGGAGCCCCUCAUUCCUCGAGGCAGCUUCUAUCUAAUGGCACUGCGUUGUUCGCCCCCACGACGAUCUUGAUCUCUCUCGAUGGUUUCCGAGCGGACUUUCUCACUCGUGGCUUGACACCAACCCUCCGCUCAUUCAUUGCAAAUGGCGUCUCGCCGCAGUACAUGCUACCCAGUUUCCCGAGCGUGACCUUCCCGAAUCAUUUUACACUUGUUACGGGACUAUAUCCCGAGAGCCACGGAAUCGUUGGAAAUACCUUCUGGGACCCGGAGCUGCAGGAAGAGUUCUACUAUACCCACCCGUCCGUCAGCAUGCAGCCGAAAUGGUGGAACGCGGAGCCCCUCUGGAUGACGGCCGAGAAUCAGGGCGUGCGGACCGCUGUUCAUAUGUGGCCGGGCUCCGAGGCACAUAUCGGAGGCGUAGAUCCAACCUACCUAGACGAAUACAACGGGUCCGAAAAGCUUUCCUCGAAAGUGGAACGCAUCUUGGGACUGUUGGAUAUGCCGGGAGUAGAAGCGGAGUCAGACAUUGCGCCCCAAAGGCCUCAGUUUAUCGCUGCCUAUGUCCCGAAUGUUGAUGCAGAUGGACAUAACUAUGGCCCCAACAGCACUGAAACUCGCAACACAAUCGCUAAGGUGGACGACAUGCUUGGCAGCUUAUUCUCCGGUAUCGAAGCACGCAAUUUAACGGAUGUCGUGAACAUCGUGAUUGUCUCCGACCAUGGCAUGGCGACAACCGCGACCGAGCGAUUGGUUCAGUUGGAGGACCUGGUCGAUCUUGAUCUAGUCCAGCGCAUCGACGGCUGGCCGUUACGCGGGCUGCGUCCCAAACGGCCAGAGGAUCUCCAAGUUCUCCAAGAUCAGCUGGAGAGCGUGGCCGCGAACUAUUCGUAUGCGGUCGAGAUCUACACACGUGAGGGCAUGCCUGAACGCUAUCACUUUCAAAACAACGAUCGCAUCGCCCCUCUGUGGGUAAUUCCAAAGACAGGAUGGGCAGUCGUCGAGCGUGCCGACUUUGAUGCCCAGAAGGCCCUGGAGAAUGGGGAGGUCUAUCACCCCAGAGGCAUUCAUGGAUAUGACCACGAGCACCCCUUGAUGCGGGCAAUUUUUAUCGCCAGGGGACCCGCAUUCCCCCAUGAACCAAAUAGUCGCUUGGAAGCAUUUCAAAACAUCAAUGUGUACAACAUAAUUUGCGACUCACUCGGCAUCACCGCCCACCCGAACAAUGGGACCAUGCGUCUGCCUCUCAAGACGAUAGGCCUUCACUCUGACGAAGACACGCCCACGCUGGCCAGUGUUCCAGAUCCUCCUGUUUCUAGCACGACCGCCACUAUGACGCCAACGAUGAUGCCGUCGGCAGAGAUUUCCUCUUCUGCGUCCCCGACGGAAACAGCGCCUGAAGCUCAGCCCGAGCCUGACCCGGAAAGUGAGGAUGAGAAGGGUCCUACCUGGUGGGGGACUCUUUGGGACAAACUCCAGGAAGCGAAGGAGUGGGCGACCGACAUAUUCGACACCGUGAAAGACAAUUUCACCGGAUCGUGAUCAUAGACAUAGAACGAGUGGCUGUGACAUUGUUUUC